AUGCAAUCUUCCUCCCAUCCCCCGGGGAUGCCACAACGGCCACCCUCCCCCUCUCCAAGCCAACUUCCCCCCAUCCCAGGCUCGCCAACCUACUCCUACGCCUCCACCGCCCAACCCUCCCUCUCCCAGUUCAACCUCCCCUUACCACCCCCUCCCCGACCAGCCCACGCAGUCCUCACCAAAGCCGACCUCGAAAGCUCCCAAACUGCCUACGCCGAUUUGCUCACAACCGCCAAAGCCUACCGCCUCGCCCUCGCUUCCCUGUCCACGGCCGCCAGCGCCUUCGGCUCCGCCCUCGAAGCAUGCGCCCGCCUCAAAGAAGCCCGCGCCGAACCGCUCGGUCCGAUCAACCCAGGGUUGUUAGCAAACGGCAACACAGUCGGCGGCUCGCUCUCCAGCUCUUUCCACGCCGGUGGCGGCCUCCAAGGCAGUAACAACGCCAACCCCCCACCGCUCAACCUCAACAGCAACGUCAUGAGCAAAAACGCCUGCACGGCUGACGCCCUCUUGACGGUGGCUGGUCUGCAGCACCUGGUCGCAAACCACAAGCACAUCCUCUCCGAGACGGUCUACCGCUCUUUUGAAGUGCCCCUGCUUCACGAGCUGGAUAAAUGGCGGGGCGCGGUCGAGGACGAGGAGGAGAGCUAUGCGUCUGCCGUGGCGGUUCAAAGCAAGGAAAUCAACCGCCUUGAGAAGGAGGGACUAAAACUCCACAAGCAGAAGAGGAGGGAUGUGAACAUGUUUCGGAACCACCUUGUCGAGCUGACCACCAAACUAGACGGGCUGACGUUCUUGCACGGGGAACACGCGAGGACGCUGCUGAGGGAAAGUCAGGAGACGAGUGCGAGGAUUGUGGAGGCGAGUUGCUCUCUUGUGCGGGCAGAGGUGGACAUCUUUGAGAGCCUGGCACGCAAAGGGUGGACGG